AUGAACGAAGAAAUAAUUAAAAAUAUAAAAUUAAAUAAUAAUUUUUUAGAGUUUGAAGAAAUAAUAAAAGACAUAAACACACCAUUUAGAUUUAUUGACUUAGUAGAAAUACCAUGUGUACCUUUGGUUGACAUAUAUGGGUUAUCUCUCCUAAGUAAUGAAGCAUAUUUAGAAUAUAAGAGUGGUUUAAGAGAAGAUAAAUUAAUAGCUGACGAUGAAAUUAGGUUAACUUUAUUUUUUGCAAUAAAAUUAUAUAAAAGAAAUGUUAUAAAAAUAAAGUUUCCUUCAUAUUAUGAUAUAAUCGAGACCUUAAAAUUUGAUCCAGUGUCUGUAACUAUUGGACUAUUUAAUCAAUUUUAUUUCGAAACUGCAUAUGAGCUAUGUAAUAUAUUACCUGCCAGUGAGUGGCCUUCCACAAAUUUUUACGAUAUAUUAAGAAAAGCAGAAAAAACAAGAAUGCAUUUCUUAAUUAACAACAAAACGAAAUUAAAUUCAUAUUUUUUAGAAGGUCUUACAAACAAAGAAAAAAAAAUUUACAAGUAUUUUCUUGAAGGUACUUCAAAAGAAAGAGAGGUACUCAAUAAAGAAACAACUUUAUUUUAUUUUUAUGAAAAAGAAAAAUGUUAG